UCCUCCUACCUCCAAGUUAUUUAUGGGUGACUCGGACGCGACUCUGAGAAGAAGGGCGACUUUCGCAGCGGGGUUAGGUGGAAGUAUGCAGCCGAUGAAUGGGAAGUCUGCAGCGGCGUCUCAGAGCUCAGUGACCGCUGACUUUGGAAGAGAUAAUGGCCUGGGAAAACGAGACCGUAUGGUGGAAACAGCCCGGUCAAAAUCAAAGAGUGAGAAACAUAAACGCAGGAACGACAUAAGUGAGAGAAUGAGCUGUCAUAAAACACAGGAGUCCCUGCUGAGUUCAUCCAGUGGUUUCAGUAACUACAGAGGAAUCCUAAACUGGUGUGUGGUUAUGCUGGUUUUGAGUAAUGCUCGCCUCUUCUUAGAAAACCUGCUAAGGUACGGCAUUCUGGUGGACCCUAUUCAGGUGAUUUCCUUGUUUCUGAAGGAUCCCUACAGCUGGCCAGCAGCAUGCCUUGUUAUUGCCUCCAACCUGUUCAUUCUGGUGGCUCUCUACACAGAAAGGCAGCUAUCAAAGGGUUCCUUCACUGAACGUGUGGGAUUUCAGGUCCAUUGCAUUAACAUGGUAAACAUGCUAACAUUCCCUGCUGCAGUCGUCCUAUUGGUCCCCUCCGUGACCCCAGACUCACAGCAUCCUCUUCCUAAAGCUUUACUCCUAUAAAGACGUCAACAAGUGGUGCAGAGCAGCUGAGCAGUGUCAAGGCAAAGAACUGGCCAGGUCGCUGUCUUGUCCCUCAGCGCAGCACUUAAAUGGAGGCGACCGUAAGGUGUGUUACCCUGGUAACCUCACCAUCAGAGACAUCUACUACUUUGUCUUUGCUCCAACUCUGUGCUACGAGCUCAACUUCCCUCGCUCUCCUAAUAUCCGCAUGAGUUUCCUGCUCAGGAGACUGUUUGAAAUGCUGUUCUUCAUGCAGAUGUUAGUUGGUCUCACUCAACAGUGGAUGAUUCCCAUCAUUGAAAGUUCCAUGAAGCCACUAGAGGACAUGGAUCUGACCAGGAUGACUGAGAGACUUCUAAGAUUAGCUGUUCCUAACCACUUGUUGUGGCUGAUGUUUUUCUACGGGUUCUUCCACUCGUCUAUGAACUUCUCCGCUGAGCUGCUGCGCUUUGGAGACAGACAGUUCUAUAAUGACUGGUGGAACUCGGAAACGGUGACAUAUUUCUGGCAGAACUGGAACAUCCCUGUUCACAAGUGGUGUCUACGCCACUUUUACAAGCCCCUGCUCAGGAGAGGAUUUAGUAAAAUGGUCAGCCAAUCAGCUGUCUUCUUCUUGUCAGCUUUCUUCCAUGAGUAUUUGGUGAGCAUUCCUCUCAGGAUGUUCAGACUUUGGGCCUUCAUGGGCAUGAUGGCACAGAUUCCAUUAGCCUGGUUUGUUGGUCGCUACCUGCGUGGUAACUACGGCAACGCUGCAGUGUGGAUGUCAAUUAUCAUUGGUCAGCCUUUCGCCGUCCUGAUGUACGUCCAUGACUUUUACGUCCUUCACUACAGACAGGAGGCUGACUGAUGUGCACACACACACACACACACACACACACACACACACACACACACACACACACACACACACACACACACACACACACACACACACACAGCAAAGGUGCUUGUCGGGAAAUGAUCACAUCCUGAUCAUAGUGUGUUUAUAAGACACCUUGACCUUUGUAUCUUCCUGCAAUUGGUGUUUUUUCUUCCUGAAAAAAAUGUUCAAGCUGACAGGAUCUAAGAAAAGCUUACAGUUGGAUUGUAUAUGUAUUUAAAGUGGAAAAUGUUAAAUUAAUGAUUGAAAACAGCACUGUUACGUAAUGAGGUAGCGUAGGUAAAGAUUCACGUCUCCAUGCAGUGACUGGUGCAGCUUUUUGCUCAGGUUAUUGGUUUUCCAGUGUCUUUAAAACCUCUGAUGGCCAAUUUGGGCCAUUUUCGGUUGUAUAUGUGGUACUGCAGAGAACCUUUCCUUUGUUUUACCAGAGAGGGUUUGCUCCUCCUCAGCAGUGUGCUUGGACAGGGUAAUGUGGCUCAAUUGUCAAGUUGACAACACACUUCAGGUGCCUUUGUAAAGACUGUGAAAGAGAUUAAUGUCCCACUACUUCCUUUUUGUGAGCAAAGGGGCCUUUAUGUCGGGUUUUACUGUGAGGUGGAAAAAUCUGUGUUUCAUGGUAUGAUUUUAAUAAUGUACAAUUUUCAUGUUCUUUAUGGUUUACUUUGUUGGUUGUGAAAAGGCCAGCCAACUGCAUGUCUGUUUGUCCUUUUGUAUGCCUAAAGUGCCAUUUCUAUAAUACAGCACACACAUCACAUCAACAUUUUACAUAUAUUGAUUUAUUUUCGUUUUUUUUUUAAAACGUUUGAAUGUGAUAUCAGUGAAUAAAUUAGUGUGUUUUUUUUUUUCAUGGUACUGGCUUAUGGACUUUUGCCAAGUAAUGAUGUCUAAUUAUGCAGCUAAAUAUAAUGUGUGUCUGAAAAUAAACAUACAAAGAUUUCCA